GAAUGUCUAGGUUCAAGGGGUUUUCCAGAGCCUGUGGAGCGGGCGAGCGAUGGCGGGGAGGGCGCUCUACCAGAUCGGCUUCUGGAUUCGCGAGACUGGCCAGGCGCUGGACCGGCUGGGAUGCAGGAUUCAAGGCAACUACAUCUUCCGGGAGCAAUUGAAUAGGCAUCGGACGCUCAUGAAUCUCUACGACAAGAAGCCGGAAGUGAUGGAGAAUGUAUUUAUAGCUCCCAGUGCCACGCUUAUUGGGGAUGUUAGCGUUGCCGGAGGCUCGUCCAUCUGGUAUGGCUGCGUUCUAAGAGGUGAUGUGAAUGAGAUAAGAGUCGGCUAUGGAACAAAUAUCCAGGAUAAUACUCUCGUUCACGUAGCAAGAACGGGCAUGAGUGGCAAAGUUGCUCCAACGAUUAUAGGCGACGCAGUGACAAUCGGCCACAAUGCGGUGCUUCAUGCCUGCACUGUCGAUGACGAGUCCUUUGUGGGAAUGGGCGCGACUUUGCUCGAUGGAGUUUACGUUGAGAAGGGCGCGAUGGUGGGAGCUGGUUCAUUGGUCACGCAAAACACCCGCAUUCCUUCUGGAGAGAUCUGGGCUGGAAACCCGGCCAGGUUCCUGAGGAACCUCACCGAGGAGGAGACCUCGUUUAUCACGAAGUCGGCCGAAAACUACAGCAACCUGGCAAUCGUGCACGCGCAGGAGAAUGAGAAGUACUCGGACGAGAUCGAGGAGGACAAAGUUCUCCGCAAGAAGUGGUGCUACCAGCUCGAGGAAGACAACUACCUCGGAGUGAUGCGCCAGGCGCCGUUUCAAAUGCCAUUCGGCGUCAAGGCCGUCAAGAGAUCAGCCACUGGGUAAGCUCGAGAGCUUCGCUAUUUUUCUCUCGAGAUUACUCUUUUGCAGGAGAAGAGAAAAAACAGUCCCACCAUUGUUCAGAAGAAGAAAACUUUGUUUGUUUGGCCGAAUUUUUCCUCCCAACAUCAUCAACACAAAGAGACACAGUCAGCACACUUCGAUUUUUCAUAAGUGGAUCGAGCUCGUUUCAGCUCAGUUCGAUCCAUUCAUCUGGAUAAUAACGAAAGACAAGAAAAGAAUCCACUCGGGCUCCUCCGAGAUCUCAGAGAA